GCCUUACAAAUCAUACUCGAUUUAGUUUAACAUUUUCUUUCCCAAGCUCAAGGGAGUAUUUCUAAAUGAAUAUUUCCAAAUCACUGUAGUUCGCUGUCGAUAAUUCUAAAAUAUCUAAACAUUUAAAUGACUAAACAUGAUCUCGUUCUCAAAACCAUCAUUACCCAGACCGACAAUCUUUGCGUUUUCGUUCUCAAAACCAUCAUUACCCAUUAUUAGCCCAGACCGGCAAUCAUUGCGACAAGUCUGGGAACGAGAUAUUGGGUAUGUUUCAUUAAUUCAGUUUUAGCUGAUAAUUAAACGUGUCGGAAAUAUAUUAAACUAGACAUGGCGUUCAGUCGGCUAGAAUUGAAAAUCAUUUCCAUAAUUCAGCUGGUAAUGUCAAUUAUCCUUUUUGCACUCGGCAUCGUGGACCAUUUUGAAGUACGUUACAUAUACCUCAGCCAUUUGUUGAUGCCAUGCUGGAUAGCAGCUCUUGUAUUGCCAGCGAGCAUUAUGGGAUUUAUUCUGGCAAUCAGGUCCAGACGCUCCCCGAUUCUGAUAAAUUGGCUCACUUCAAUUAGUAUUGCCUCUGUUGUGGUUUCUGCGGUGGUACUUGAAGCGUAUUCGUGGGCUCUGAAAUCUUUAUUGGGUUUCAAGUACUACAAAUACAAGAGUUUUCACUACUUUUGGGCUAAAGACACAAAAAUCAAGUUUGAAGACCAGGAAAACACCAUGAUAGCCAUACAUGCCUUGAUUGUCAUAUUUACCAUCUGUGAGAUCAUUCUCGCCGUGGCAAUUGCUCGGAGCAGUGAAACUGGGCGUCCGUCGCCGCAAGAAAAUCAGGCUGACUAUCCGUAUCAUUAUAUCGAAAGUGGACAAGUACCUAUCCAACUGCAGGCUUUUCCAACACAAGCCAUGAUGACCAUUCCGAUCUCUGGAGCCAACUAGGAAUGGUAGCUUCCAGCGGCCACAGCGCAUGUAGUCACUGAAUGUUCGUUUUUUGGAAAUAUCAUAUUUAGCUUAAAAGCAAUAGUAUGAGUGUAUAACCAACGAUGAAGCUGCGAAAAACGAAACGUAACUGUAACGUAACGCAAAUGAAUUGUAUUCCAACAAGGCUUCAGAAGCUAUUAUAUAUUAGAAAUAAAGUAGCAAAUAGCAUGUU